CUCAGUGACAACAGCAACCCAUUGAAAGAAUGGCGGGGCUAAUUCGGCAACACAAUUCCCACCUCAGAUAUCCUAGGCUGCCAAACCGCCUUCUUCGAACUGGCCGAGAGCUUCGACACCAAAGACUGGGACCGUCUGGCCCAAUGCCUCGCACCCACACUCUACGUACGCAAUUCCUCCUCCAUCCCUCAUUACACGUCUCACCCCUCAGCCCCCACCAUCCAGAUGCCGCCCCUAACAACCAUACAGAUCGACUACCGCGGAGUAAUCGGCAAACUAUGGGAAGCCAUUCCCGCGGCGGAGUUCAUCACGCUCGCCGCGAGCGCAAAAUUCCUGGGGGACCGGCGCCUCCAGACGCAGCACUUCAUCGGCGGGGCCGCCAAGUGGGUGCGGACGGGCGACGAUGCCAUUACGGGCUACCACCAGAUGCGCGUGGCGCACCAGAGGUACAAAGAUGAUGAGCGGAAGGAGGUGCUGUGCAAGGGUCACUGCCAUGGCAAAGCUACGGUGAGGUAUCGGAAGGUGGAGGAGGGCGGGGUGUGGAAGCUGGCGGGCAUGGAGCCCGAUAUUCGGUGGACGGAGGGGGAGUUUGAUAAGGUGUUUCCGCACUAGGGC